AUGGAACCACCCUCCACCGAACCGGAUCGCAAUCCACCGUCCCCCGUCAGCCCUUUCGGCGUCGAGCAUAUCACAAGCCCAGACAGCUACUACGGUCGGCUCUCGUCCCACGCAUCAGAGCGCACCCACACCCGCGAUCCCGCCCCCACUUACGUCUCUCCGGAACCCUUUCAACUCCCUAGGCCUCCAUACCACUUCCCCGAUCAAUUUUCGACCAGUAACGACGGUCAAUACUACCCCGCGCUUCCUUCCGCCGUUCCAUCCGCGCACCAGCUACGUACCUUCCCUCCUCAACACCUCCCUCGCACCUCCGCAGAUUUUCCUUGGGCCCCCUCAGUUUCUAAUCUGUUUUCUCCUCUGCCGCUCGAUUCGGUUCCGCUCAACUCCCGCGUGUGGCUGGCAAUCGAGCUGCUCUGCAUCCUGGCGCAAAUCUCCGCGGGAGUGUGCGUGCUCGCGCUUUUCCCCCACGAGAAGCCCCCCGUACCGCUGCGCCUGUGGAUACUCGGUUACACGCUCGGCUGCCUCUUGCUCCUCCCGCUGCUGUACUUUCGCUACACUCACCGUGCCCUCAGUAACGGCGGGGACUUCUUACUGUGGCAGCAGCAGGAGGAGGAGGAGGAGCGGCGGCGGCGGCAGUGGCGGCUGCGCGAAACGCCGUCGCGGCCUGCGAUGGCUUCGUCACGGCCCAUGUCGUCUCUCAGACUCCCACGUGCCGCACCCGCCGCCGUAUCAGCGGUCGACAUAUCCUCCUCUUUACGCUCCUCCAUCUCUUCUUCUUCCAGUUCCUCUUCCUUCUCGUCCUUACGGCCCCGCUCACCGGGAGGACUGGCGUUUGCGGCGGCGCCUGUGGCGGCGCAAACGGCGCCCAACACCCCGUACGUAGGCGCAAGGGCGAGCGGAGGAGGAAUGGAUGCAGCGGGCGGAUGGGCUACCCCUUUCGGGGGCAGCGUUACUGGAAGGGCCGAACCGGCGAGUGCUGCAGGCUUGGUGCCCGAGGCGGCUGGCGGUUUUUUUCCGGAGAGGAGCAACGAAAUCGCGGGAGGAGGUGGAGGAGGUGGAGGAAGUGGAUGGCCUGCAGCCCGCGGUGUAGACAUGUACAGUGCAAUAUAUUAUAAUGGUUAUCCUGAUGACGAUGACGAGGACGAAUCGUACGGUGCGGGGCGGUACAGCGGGUUUCGGCACAUGGCGGCGGCAGUGGGGGAGAGGAUGCUGUCGAGCGUGCGCUGGGUCGUGGACGAGCUGCAAGAUGACGCACGGGUGCUGGCUCUAGUGGAGCGUUACAAAGUAACACUCGACUGCUUCUUCGCAGUGUGGUUCGUGCUGGGGAACGUGUGGGUGUUCGGCGCUAAUUCUGCCGCCACCACAGCGCCUAAUCUUUACAAUCUGAGCGUUCUGUUCAUCGCCCUCAGCUGCGUCAGCUACGCGUUGCCGUUCCUCCUCUGCGCCGCCAUUUGCUGCUGUCUGCCCUGCCUGCUUCACAUUCUCGGCCACCCUCACCACGACGACGAGCACGGCGCAUUCCCUCUCGCGCGCAGCAGCAGAGGCGCCACCACAACCGCCAUCACGUCCCUGCCCUCGUUCAAGUACCGGAGGCUGCCGGAUGGGCGGGGUGGGCGGGUGGUCCGGCUGCGAGGGAAACGUGCUGCUGCUGGUGCUGGUGCUGCUUCUGCUGCUGCUGGGAAGGCUGUUGUUUCUGACUGUUCUUUGAAAUUCAAGAUGGGUGAACAGGCGGUCGCGGGCAUGGGGCGAGAACACCUCGGAACAGGCAGUGCGAGGGAGGGGAGGGGAACGGUGGGAGGGAGCGGGGCGGAGCAGGGGCGAGGGGGUGUUGGGGGAGGAGCGGGCGGGUGGUUUGGCAGGCUGGGUGGAUAUCUGAUGCGAUGCAGUGCGGAUGCUGCUGGUGCUGCUGGUGCUGCUGGUGCUGCUGGUGCUGCUGGUGCUGCUGGUGCUGCUGGUGCUGCUGGUGCUGCUGGUGCUGCUGGUGCUGCUGGUGCUGCUGGUGCUGCUGGUGCUGCUGGUGCUGCUGGUGCUGCUGGUGCUGCUGGUGCUGCUGGUGCUGCUGGUGCUGCUGGCACUGCUCGUGUUGGCGUUGAAUAUCCUGUCGCUGCUGCUGUGGCCAGUGGUGGUGGUGGUGGUGCUGCUGCUGCUGCUGGAAAUGUUGCUGCUGACAAGCAGAGACCAGUGCGAGGGGGCGAUGCUCUCUGCUGCAUCUGUCUGGGUCGCUAUCGGGACGGGGUGGACCUUCGAGAGCUGCCCUGCAGCCACCACUUCCACCAAUCCUGUGUUGACACGUGGCUCAAAAUCAACUCCUCCUGCCCGCUCUGCAAGGAGGACAUCACGAAUCGCCCGAGACUCGAGGCCGAUGCUGCAAGCAUCCCUGUUGCACCUUUUGUAUAA